AUGGGUGGUUACCUGGGCCGGGCUCGCCCUCUCCUUCACCCUCCGCCCCUGACUGUGUCCACGAGGGACCUGCAACAGAGGCCUUCACCACCGCUCCGUCUUUCCCAGUCUCUCCGGGUUAACUCUAUGGACGGGUGUCUGGACAUGAUUGAUAGUCUGCCUUUUGACGAUGGUGCAGCUUUAGCUCAUCCUCAGCAGCACCCUGAGCGCGUUGUGGUCGUCCACACGCAGCAAUACCCAGUAGAGUUUCCCCCUAUAUUCUUAGGUAGCCAGCACAAGUCAGUGCCGGCACUUUCUAGUUCCAGGAUGUCCCGAAGCUCGGUGAUCCUGAAUGUGUUCUCUACUAAGGGCAGAGACACACUCCGUUUUGUUCUGGGGCAGCCGAUCCUGAUUAUAUGGUCUUUUCUUACUAGCCACCUCUUGACUCAAUCUAGGAAGGAGACACAGAUUAGUGCUCUCCAGGAGAGCACUCAAGUUCAAAUCAAGAAACAGAAAGAUCUCACUUCCUUGGGAGAAGGUGGAGAAGGAUUUGUCCAUCAGGAGGAAGGCUCCCCAGUCACUGAGAGGCCUUGUGAUCAGGGAAAGGACUCUGGUCGCAGUGUGUGUGCCUCGUCAGCUUUUACACGUCUGUUUGUCAACGGUGUGCUCUCUUCUUUUAUACCCAAGCCAGGUCCUCUGGGUAGAGGUAUCUGUUCCAAGAACUCAGCAAAGAGCUGUAUUACGGAAUACCAGAUCGCCUUCAAGAGCUCAUGCAAACGGAAUGCCAUUGCCAGCUCCUACAGUUCCUCUCUAGCUCAGUGGCCACCAGAGAGAAUUUGUGUGCGUGCUACCCAAAGGGCUGCGCCAGGUGCUCCUUCAGGAGCCCAAGGUGCUUCCAAGGACACCGCUGCACCCGGUACCCGAGGUGCUGUCCCAGGUGCUGCUCCAGGCACUGCUUCUGGGGCUGCCGCACUUGCGUCCACAGAUGAUGCUUCAGGGGCUGCCACAGGGGGUGCUGCACCUGCCACCACAGAUGCUGCCCCAGAAGCUACUUCUGAUGAUGCUGCAAGUGAUGCCUCAGGUGAUGCUGCUCGUGAUUCCCAAGGAGCGGUUCCUGAUGCUAAGGCAGGCAUUAUUCUAGGUGCUGCUUUUGGUGAUGCUGCAUGUUCUGCCCCAGGUGCUGCUCCAGGUGCUAUUGCAAAUGUUACCUCAGGGGCUGCUGUAUGGGCUGACCCAGGUGAUGGUUCAGGGGCUGCUGCAGGUACCGACGCACAUGCUACCCGAGAUGCUUCAAGGGGCGCUGCUGCACGGGCCACCCGAGGUGCUUCCAGGGGCGCUGCGGCACGUGCCACCCGAGGUGCUUCCAGGGGCGCUUCGGCACGUGCCACCCGAGAUGCUGCCAAAGAUGCUCCUGCGCAUGCUGUGCCACUCCCAGGUUCGGAUUUAUCCCAGUUGCAGGUGUCUACCAAGAAAUGCAGGGAAAAAAGCCAUGAACGUAGCUCUUCAGGUAGUCGGAAGAAAAGGAAAAACAAACACAGGGAAGCAGAGCAGGCAACUGUCACAGAUGCUCCUCAAGUUCAGCAAGAAGAACCAUGGAAUGGCCUCCCCACACCUGAUAUUCCAAGGCCAGUGAGACGCAAGAUCCCUCUGUUGCUGCCUCACCGUCGAGGUGUUCCACUGAUUCUGCCCCAAUUCUCAGAACUAUAUUUUGAUAUCACUGUAGAUGACCUUGACCUAGAGAAAAACUCUGGAGUGCAGUGGAUCGACAAGACCUUGAAGGGUAAGUGGAAGGCUGUGUAG